AUCCAGCCUUUUAUUACGACAAGUUACAGAAGGCAACGCGAAUGUGCGCUUUUGGUUAUUUAUUGUUUUUCGCAUUAGUGCUGACAACACUUUUGGUGCUUUCGAUCAUAGUUGCGACCUCAUCGAAGAGAUCUAUGAUGGAUAAUUUUAUACUAGUUUUCAAUUACACACAGAACGCUAAGGAGCAGCAACAAGACGACGAAUUAGACUCCAUUGUGCGCGAGUAA